AUGAGCUCCAACGCCGUCUUCAUCCUCAUCGCUGGGGCGUGGCACACCGCCAGUACUUGGAGUAAGGUUACUCCCUUGCUCGAACAGAAAGGCCAUAGGGCCAUUGCGGUCACCCUCCCCUCUACAACCGGGGACCCUGCUGCUACUUUCGGCGACGACAUUGCAGUUGUCCGGGACUUGAUUCUAUCCGAAGUCAGACAGGGCCACGACGUGAUCGUAGUGGUUCACUCCUACGGUGGCCAUGUUGGCCAAAGUGCCAUCCGAGAUGUCCCGACAGUCAGAGCGCCCAGCCCAGACACCGCCCACGGCAAAGUUAUCGGUCUCGCCCUGAUGGCAACUGGCUUCAAUGUGACCAACGGGACCUUCAUCGAUGCCUUCGACGGCAAGCCGCCGCCGAUCUGGCAUCCGGACGAGGAGUCUGCCUUUGUGGUAUUCUCAGAGGGCAUAGAUCCGGCGGACCUGUUUUAUCAUGACCUUCCCACCGAGGAGAAGCAGUACUGGGUGUCGAAGUUGACGAAGCAUAGCAUGAAGUCCUUGUAUGAAGGAAGAGAGCAUGCAUAUGCUGGCUGGAAGGAUGUCCCGUCGUGGUUCCUCGUGACGACAAAGGACCAGGCGUUGCCUGCGGAGGCGCAGAAGAUGAUGGUCCAGAUGGCCAGGGAUGCCGGAGCCAGUGUUGAGGUCAGGGAGGUGGACAGUGGGCACAGCCCGAUGUUGGCACGCCCAGAAGAAACGGCAGACUUCUUGAUUGAGGCUGCAACGGGCCUCGCUGGGUGA